AUGGGUUUCCUGGUACCAAGCAGCAACAGCAGGAGCGGCAGCAGAAACAAGCAGAAGGACGAGGUGCGGUAUGGCAGCAAGGCAGGCUCGGGUGGGUGGCCUUCCGUGCCCCUGUACCCAGUGGAACUCAUUUUACCGUCGUUUCCUCUUGAAUUAGGGAUGAGAACCAGCAUUGACAACAAGGGUGAAGCUAUAAAUCCCCCUGACAACAUUGACAACAAGGGUGAAGCUAUAAAUCCCCCUGACAACAUUGACAACAAGGGUAAAGCUAUAAAUCCCCCUGACAACAGUGACAACAAGGGUGAAGCUAUAAAUCCCCCUGACAACAGUGACAACAAGGGUGAAGCUAUAAAUCCCCCUGACAACAGUGACAACAAGGGUGAAGCUAUAAAUCCCCCUGACAACAGUGACAACAAGGGUGAAGCUAUAAAUCCCCCUGACAACAGUGACAACAAGGGUGAAGCUAUAAAUCCCCCUGACAACAGUGACAACAAGGGUGAAGCUAUAAAUCCCCCUGACAACAGUGACAACAAGGGUGAAGCUAUAAAUCCCCCUGACAACAGUGACAACAAGGGUGAAGCUAUAAAUCCCCCUGACAACAUUGACAACAACAGAAGCAUCAAUGCGUGGAUGUCAACAGUUAAAACAGCAGAUUCAGGCAGCAGCACCAGCAGUAGCAGCAGUAGCAGCAGCAAUAAGUAG